UUUCUCAAACCGCCAUGGCUACAGCUACAAGGUUUCUCCGGAGAUUACCGAGGUCUCUCAAGCUUCCUCCAACACUUCUCCGUAGCAAUGUAACAAGAGUUUUAAGCUCUUUUGCUCACAAAACUAACGAGCCAUUUGAAUCUCGUAUCCGCCAUGAUUCUUCUAUUAUUAUCAGAAGCUUCUCUUCUCAAGGUCCUGCUCCUAUCGAUUAUAGUUCGAUAUUGCAGGAGGAUGAGUUCCACAGAUUAGCCAAUGUCACUAUAAAUAACCUUCUUGAGAAAAUUGAGGACUAUGGUGAUAAUGUCCAGAUUGAUGGUUUCGACAUUGAUUAUGGGAAUGAAGUUCUCACACUAAAGCUUGGAUCUUUAGGCACAUAUGUAAUGAAUAAGCAAACUCCAAACCGACAAAUCUGGAUGUCUUCACCUGUCAGUGGUCCGUCUAGAUUCGACUGGGACAGGGAUGCUAAUGCGUGGAUUUAUCGGCGAACAGAAGCAAAGUUGCAUGAACUGUUGGAAGAAGAGUUGGAGAAUCUAUGUGGCGAACCAAUUCAACUCUCAUAAGAAAAAGCCUUAAAACAAUAGUUUUGAGUUUAUCUAGGAACUUGGAACUGCUCUGCCCUUUCAAGCUAUUUUCUACUAUGAAACAUCCAGAGAAAUAAACAAACUAGGCACAUGAAAAGAUUGUGUCAGUGUGAAGCCUGAUUGAUGUUUUCUUAUUGUACUAUUUAUCAGUAAUGCAAUGUUCUCACAGUGACAAUGUUACACAAUUCUUCUCUGUUAAAGCUCUCUUUGUUUAAGCAGAA